AUGAUCAGCGUUCAUGGCUCAGCCAAUGAGAAGCUGCGGGGGGCGGGGCAUAGAGUCAGCCUGCAACACAACAGAGUCCUCUUCAAACGGAAACCAGGACCAGGACCGGCAGCACACAGCGGAAUGGAGCAGAACCAGGACCCGGAGGACUCCAGUAGACCAGCAGCAGGCUCUGAUAGCACCGAUGUUCAGUUCCUGGUGUUGGUCUGUUCUCUUAAAGCCUCCUGUGACUCCCUCACUGUCACAGCCAAUGAGAAGCUGCGGGGGGCGGGGCAUAGAGUCAGCCUGCAACACAACAGAGUCCUCUUCAAACGGAAACCAGGACCAGGACCGGCAGCACACAGCGGAAUGGAGCAGAACCAGGACCCGGAGGACUCCAGUAGACCAGCAGCAGGCUCUGAUAGCACCGAUGUUCAGGAAGGAAGAGAGAGACUCAAACGGCACCACUGUAAGCUCUGUGACAAAACCUACUCAACAGCUGGAAAUUUAAAGGUUCAUUUCCGCAUCCAUACUGGAGAGAGACCUUACAGCUGUGACCAGUGUGGGAAGACUUUCAAUGAAAAACAGAGCCUGAGAAAACAUCAACGCAUCCAUACUGGAGAGAGACCAUACAGCUGUGACCAGUGUGGGAAGACUUUCAAUGAAAAACAGAGCCUGAGAAAACAUCAACGCAUCCAUACUGGAGAGAGACCAUACAGCUGUGACCAAUGUGGGAAUGCUUUCAGUCUACUACAGAGCCUGAGAAGUCAUCAACGCAUCCACACUGGAGAGAAACCCUAUGGCUGUGACCAAUGUGGGAAUGCUUUCAGUCGACUACAGAGCCUGAGAAGUCAUCAACGCAUCCACACUGGAGAGAAACCCUACAGCUGUGACCAGUGUGGAAAAACUUUUUCUCAGAGUUCUCACCUUAAAACACACCGACGGGUUCACACUGGAGAGAAGCCGUACUGGUGUGACCAAUGUGGGAAAACCUUUUCUCAGACUGGAAGUUUAAAGGUUCAUCUCCGCAUCCAUACUGGAGAGAGACCUUACGGCUGUGACCAGUGUGGGAAUGCUUUCAGUCAACUACAGAACCUGAGAAGUCAUCAACGCAUCCACACUGGAGAGAAACCUUACAGCUGUGACCAAUGUGGGAAUGCUUUCAGUCUACGAAAGAGCCUGAGAGAUCAUCAACACAUCCACACUGGAGAGAAACCUUACAGCUGUGACCAGUGUGGGAAUGCUUUCAGUCAACUACAGAGCCUGAGACGUCAUCAACGCAUCCACACUGGAGAGAAACCUUACAGCUGUGACCAGUGUGGGAAUGCUUUCAGUCAACUACAGCACCUGAGAAGUCAUCAACGCAUCCACACUGGAGAGAAACCUUAUAGCUGUGACCAAUGUGGGAAUUCUUUCAAUGAAAAAAAGAGCUUGAGAAAUCAUCAACGCAUCCACACUGGAGAGAGACCUUACAGCUGUGACCAGUGUGGGAAUGCUUUCAAUCAGAAAUCGAGCUUGAGAAAACAUCAACGCAUCCAUACUGGAGAGAAACCUUACAGCUGUGACCAAUGUGGAAAAACUUUUUCUCAAAGUAGUAACCUUGAAGAACACCGACGCAUUCACACUGGAGAGAAGCCGUACUGCUGUGACCAGUGUGGGAAUGCUUUCAGUCAAAUACAGAGCUUGAGAGAUCAUCAACGCAUCCAUACUGGAGAGAAACCUUACAGCUGUGACCAGUGUGGGAAUGCUUUCAGUCAACUACAGAGCCUGAGAAGUCAUCAACACAUCCACACUGGAGAGAAACCCUACGGCUGUGACCAAUGUGAGAAUGCUUUCAGUCGAGUACAGAGCCUGAGAAGUCAUCAACGCAUCCACUCUGGAGAGAAACCCUACGGCUGUGACCGAUGUGGAAAAACCUUUUCUCAGAGUUGUAGCCUUAAAACACACCAACGGGUUCACACUGGAGAGAAGCCGUACAGCUGUGACCAAUGUGGGAAAACCUUUUCUCAGAGUUCUAGCCUUAAAAAACACCAACGGGUUCACACUGGAGAGAAACCCUACUGUGACCAGUGUGGGAACACUUUCACCAGGGCACAGCACCUGAGACGACAUCAACGCAUUCAUACUGGAGAGAAACCGUACAGCUGUGACCAGUGUGGGAACACUUUCACCACAACACAGACCCUGAGGCAACAUUAUCGCAUUCAUACUGGAGAGAAACCGUACAGCUGUGACCAGUGUGUGAGCAACUUCACCACAGCACAGUCCCUGAAACUGCAUCAACGCAUUCACACUGGAGAAAAACCAUAUAGCUGCGACCAUUGUGGAAAAACUUUUUCACAAAGAGGUACCCUUGAUGUUCACCGACGCAUUCACACUGGAGAGAAACCGUACAGGUGUGACCAUUGUGGCCAUGCUUUCACCACUGCACAGAGCCUGAGACAACAUCAACGUAUUCAUACUGGAGAGCGACCGUACAGCUGUGACCAGUGUGGGAACAACUUCACCACUGCACAGUCCCUGAAAUUGCAUCAACGCAUUCACACUGGAGAAAAACCAUAUAGCUGCGACCAUUGUGGAAAAACUUUUUCACAAAAAGGUAACCUUGAUACUCACCGACGCAUUCACACUGGAGAGAAAUCUUACAGCUGUGGCCAAUGUGGCCAUGCUUUCACCACUGCACAGAGCCUGAGACGACAUCAACACAUUCAUACUGGAGAACGACCGUACAGCUGUGACCAGUGUGGGAACACAUUCACCAGGGCACAGAACCUGAGAGAACAUCAACGCAUUCACACUGGAGAGAAAUCUUACAGCUGUGGCCAAUGUGGCCAUGCUUUCACCACUGCACAGAGCCUGAGACGACAUCAACACAUUCAUACUGGAGAACGACCGUACAGCUGUGACCAGUGUGGGAACACAUUCACCAGGGCACAGAACCUGAGAGAACAUCAACGCAUUCAGACUGGAGAGAAAUCUUACAGCUGUGGCCAAUGUGGCCAUGCUUUCACCACUGCACAGAGCCUGAGACGACAUCAACACAUUCAUACUGGAGAACGACCGUACAGCUGUGACCAGUGUGGGGACACAUUCACCAGGGCACAGAACCUGAGAGAACAUCAACGCAUUCACACUGGAGAGAAACCGUACAGGUGUGACCAUUGUAGAAAAACUUUUUCAUACACUGCAACGUUCCUGAGACGGCAUCAACACAUUCAUACUCGAGAGAAACCGUACAGCUGCAAUCAGUGUGAUAAAACCUUUUCGCAAAUAGGUACCCUUUAUAUUCACCGACGCAUUCACACUGGAGAGAAACCGUACAGCUGUGGCCAAUGUGGCCAUGCUUUCACUAAAGCAAAGAGCCUAAAACAUCAUCAAUGCAGUCACACUGGAGAGAAACCUUACAGCUGUGAUCAAUGUGGGAAGUCUUUCACUCAGGCACAGAACCUGAGAGCACAUCAACGCAUUCACACUGGAGAGAAGCCGUACAGCUGCAAGCAGUGUGAUAAAAGUUUUUCACGAAGUAAUAUGCUUAAAGCUCACCGAUAUGUUCACAGUGGAGAGGAACCAUUCAGCUGUGACCAAUGUGGGAAAGCUUUCACCGUGUCAUGGAGACUGAGACAACAUCAACUUGUUCACACUGGAGAGAGGCCGUACAGCUGUGACCAGUGUGGGCACGCUUUCACCACAUCAGAGAACCUGAGAAUACAUCAACGCAUUCAUACUGGAGAGAAACCGUACAGAUGUGACCAGUGUGGGCACGCUUUCACUCAGGCACAGAACCUGAGAAUACAUCAACGCAUUCAUACUGGAGAGAAACCGUACAGAUGCGACCAGUGUGGUAAUACCUUUUCACGGAGUGAUAACCUUAUUACUCACCGACGUAUUCACACUGGAGCGAAGCUUUACAGCUGUGACCAGUGUGGUAAAAGUUUUUCAAGAAGUGAGCAACUGAGAGAACAUCAACUCAUUCAUACUGGAGAGAAACCAUACAUGUGUGACCAAUGCGGAAAAACUUUCACAAAGUCGUACCCUUGUUGCUCACCAAAGCGUUCACACUGGAGAGAAACCAUACUGCUUUGAACAAUAUGGCCUUUGCUUUCACUCAUGCAAAGAGCCUGAGACGACAUCGACACAGUCAUACUGUAGACAAACCGUACUCGUGUGACCAAUGUGGGUCAAUGUCUUCUCAUAGUUGAACCCUUAAAGCUCACCAGUGCAUACACAGAAUGUCUCAUUGACUGUUUUUAUAGUCAAGCCAGCUAUUUCUUCAUGCCUCCUCUCCAUGUGCUGUGUUGUUAUAUUCUGAGCUUCUCUCUGAAACUAAAGACUGACAGCAGUAACUGAGUCUGACUGAGGUGGUUUGAUCCAGUGAGGAGGAAGAGGAGAUGAAUAAACAGAGACACAAAAACACUCCAGAGUUCAAACUCUCACUGAACAAACUUACAUACUUAUUCUUUCUAAAUUCGGAUAAAAUCUAAAUGUAAUUGUAAACAUUAUUUGAUUUCAUUCUGGUUUUUUUUUUCUCCAGUAAAGGUGAUUGUUGCUGUUGAACCUGCAUCCUGUCAGAGUUGUUGCUUUAAUAAUCUUCUUUUUUAUAUUCUCAUUAAAUGUUUGCAGACAAAGAGAAGCUUUGACUCGUCGUUUCAAACUGUUAAUCCUUUAAUCAGUGUUUGUUGUCCUGUUGUUAUUGUCCUUCUCAGCAUCAACAUGAUUAUUAUUAUUAAU